GUGGCCGGCGGCGCGGGCGCCGUCAGCAAGUCCGCGCGCCUCGCGCUGGAGUGCGCGUCGCCCGAGCUGCGCGCGCCCUGCCGCCCGGGCCAGCGCUGGCGCUGCGUGCUGGACGAGAACCGGCGCUGGCGCAAGCACAAGUGCAAGCCGCACCACCUCUUCUACCAACCCCCGCAGCCCCACCCGCAGCCCUUCUCGCACGCCGGGGUGGCGCAGCUGCAGCGCCUGGCGGCGCCCGCCGCGCUCUACCAGAAGCCCGUGGUCGGGGUGGGCGUGUCGCCGCUGGGGCCGCCGCCCCCGCCCGCCGGCGCCGCCCUCGCCGCGCACGCGCUGCCCCCCAGCCGGCGCAUGUGCACGUGCGUGACGCCCUCCGGCCGCCAGUACGUGCGCCCGCUGCCCGACGAGCGCAAGCUGCAGCGCCAGUUCCUCAGGGAGCACGCGAGCCGCGACCUCAAGGAGUUCCGCCCGCGCUUCCUCCUGCGCGCGCGCCGCCAGCUGCAGCACCAGCACGAGCAGCGGCAGAAGCAGGCGCAGCAGCUGCAGCAGCUGGAGCGGCGCCGCGACGGCGUCGUGCGUCGCUUCCGCCAGCUGCGCGCGCGCCUGCGCCGCGACUUGGCCCCGCCCCCCGGUGACGGCGACGACGACGCCCCCUCCACCCCCGCGCCCACCCCCGGCCUCGACCCGGCCGCCCUCGAGCGCACACCGGCUCCGCAGGUGAGUGAAGGGGCCCCUUCACACGGAGCCACCCGGCUGCGCCACCCGGUGGCGCGUCUGCUGGAAAAGCAUUGGUUUAAAUGGAGGGAUUCACAUGAGCGGACGAGUCGCUUGUGGCGCUCCUUGGCGAACGGGCGCCACACCUAG